AGAGUAGCUUGCCCUUGUUUGAUGCUCUUUUUAGUGUAAAGUUUACAUUAGGUAUAAAUGGUAUCAACAACGUUUUUGAUUAAAAUUCAUGAUAUUUUUGACAUGGUGGUUAUAUCGCGUUGAUUUGCAAUAGUAUCAAUAUGACAGAUGGAAAUGAUUUAGAAAAGUUUAGAUUACAAUGGAAAAAAGAACUUGCAAAGUUAAACAAUCACUCUGGAAGUCAAACUAUAGCGUCGCAGGAGAAAUCUGUUGUCCCUGAACUUGCUGAAGACACUCACGACAGUCACACUGAAGUAAACGCAGAGCAAGGAAACGGUUGUCUUGAGGCUGGUUCGUCAGCAUUAGAUAUCCCAGUAUCAAAGAGCGUACUCAAGACUGCCAGUGUAGGGUUAGAGUCAGAAACUUGUGAUCAUUGUGGUAAGCCAUUACACAAACCUCAGCAGAGAGAUGGAUCAGAUAAUCGGACAAUAGCAAAUCAAAUUACGCCGCAGGUGAUCAGUUAUGAUCAAGGUUAUUUUCCAUUUGUGAUACUGGACAGAUUUCUCAAAGACGGCUAUCACAGAUACCACUCUGUAUCAACCAGGACAAACACAAAGAAAAGAAAAUACUUUGAGGAUGAGGCAUUAGUGGUGCACGAUGGAUCGAAGUGUUCAAAGAGUCAGCAAGACAAGACAGCAUGUUGUAUGUGUAGUAAAUCAGUGACCAUCCACAAGAAACAAGAUGUAGACUCAAACAGGGACAAGGAGCGAUACCUUGAUAUUUUCAUUGCUGAUUUGGAUGAAAUCACAGAAAUUCCAUUUUUUGACACCACAGUGCCACGAGAAUUGGGAAUAAAAAUAUUCCGUCACCUCGACUUGAAGACAUUAUGCCGGUGUUCACAAGUUAGUCGAAGCUGGCGCAGUCUGGCAGAAGAUGAUUUGUUGUGGUGUCGAAUCUGUCGCGAUCUUGGCUAUGAGAAAGAUAUGACACCUAGGAGUGUUACUAACUGGAAACAGGUUGUCCGAGAGUACAUCAGUAGGAAAAAGACUCUUAUUUCUAACUGGAAGGGGCGACUUGGGAAGAUAACUAAACUGGAAUAUCCCCACGGUGGAGUUGUGUGUUCUGUACAUUCCUGUAAGGAGUUAAUAGUCGCAGGGUACAGUAAUGGUCGGGUCAAACUGUGGGAUAUUAGCAGUGGCAUUGACUGUACUUUCCAACCCAGCAGCACGGCUCUGGUGAUUGACGCAAGCCAUGAGGAGGGAACUAUACAGAACUACGUUCUCAGAGUUACGACAUCACAGCUCUACACUGCCGCAGCUUACAAACAUGGGUUUGUGGAUAUCUGGGACAACGUGCAUGGUACGUCUGCCAUCAACACAGUCCGGUGUGAAGGGAGCUGGCAGAUCUCCGGUCUCGAGAUGAUGGAGAGACGGCCGUGGUUAGCUCUGUCACAGGGUUACUACGUGCAGAUCCAUCACCACAGCAACAGUUCACAUCACUAUGGCAACAGUUCACAUUACCAAGCCAGCAACAACUCAGACAUCCAGUCCGGCUUUGUUAUGACUCAGAAACUGGAUCUCAAUCAAAUGGUGAAGCAUAUAAAGUGGCUGGAGACUCUGAAUCACCACGGUAACGAGCUGUGCAUACUGGCAGUGGCAACCGACAGUAUCGUCAACGUGUAUCGACCAGAGGACGGGGGCGACGUUCCGGGGACCGAGAUCCACAAUCUGUAUAACGCUCCAAUCAGCUGCAUCGACCUGCGAUCUGACCCGGGUUAUCUGGCUGUCGCGUGUGGGUUGUACGGGGGACCGUCGGAGAGCUUCAGGGUGAAACUUUAUGACCUGGCCACCAAACAACUACUUUCUACACUACAAGGUCACACUUGGAUAAUCACCUGCAUCAACCUGGCUGACAGUCCUCCAAGCUGCCUCAUCACGGGAAACGGUGACCGCCGUGUUCGUAUAUACGACCUCAGAAGUUCUUCGAUCCCGGUUACUGUUUUCACCGGACAUUCGGCGAAAGUAUCAACAGUGAUGAUGGAUGAUUGGAAAGUGGUAUCUGGGGAUGAAGGUGGAUUUGUGUGUGUCUGGGAUCAGAGAAUGUCGUCCAAGCUCUGGGAGUGGCACAACAGACACCCCGUACAGUACACCCACUUUCAUGACGGAAUGCUGAUUGUUGGAAAUGUUCCUUACGAAAAGUUUCCAGAUUCUGACUUUGAGACGGUCCCUCAUAGAAGACUACGGGGGUCUGUUCAGGUGUAUGAUUUCUCUGCUGAUGUCAUGAUCCAGGGCUUGCCUGAGAUCUGUCACUCCACGUAUGAUGAACCAGAGGCCUACGACUUCAACAUUAGACUGGCUGUACCAUACGACAAACUAUAAUCUGAGAUCUGUCACUCCAUGUAUGAUGAACCCGAGGCCUACGACUUCAACAUUAGACUGGCUGUACCGUACAACAAACUAUAAUCUGAGUUGUGUGGAUAUCGCAUCACCUUAACUGAACCAUGAUGGAGUGAAAACCAUGUCAUCCCUCUCGGCAAUUUUAGUUUUUGAAUUAUGGACCAUUGCCAUAAUCAAAUUAUUUUUACAAAAUGUCAUUAAU